ACCUAUUCCCUUUCCCCACCUCCCUUGUUGGGAAGAUGGCGCUGUCCAGGGUGUGCUGGGCUCGGGCUGCUCUGCGGGGUUCGGCUAUCACUCUUGCACCUGUUGUCACCCGGAGGCUACAAUUUGGUCGCUCUGGCCUUGCUUGGGGAGCCCUUCGGUCUUCAAAGCUUCACCUUUCUCCAAAGACAGAUAUGAAGAGCUUGAUCUCUUAUGUGGUGACCAAGACAAAAGUGCUUAAUGGGAAAUACCAUCGUUUCUUGGGUCGUCAUUUCCCCCGCUUCUAUGUCCUGUACACAAUCUUCAUGAAAGGAUUACAGAUGUUUUGGGCUGAUGCCAGAAAAGCUAGAAGAAUAAAGACAAAUAUGUGGAAGCAAAAUAUAAAGUUUCAUCAACUUCCAUACCGGGAGAUGGAGCAUUUGAGACAGUUCCGUCAAGACAUCACCAAGUGUCUUUUCUUGGGUAUCAUUUCAAUUCCACCCUUUGCCAACUACCUGGUCUUCUUGCUAAUGUACUUGUUUCCUAGGCAACUACUGAUCAAACAUUUUUGGACCCCCAAACAACAAAUUGAUUUCUUAGAUAUCUAUCAUGCUCUCCGGAAGCAGUCCCACUCAGAAAUCAUUAGUCAUUUAGAAAGGGUCAGCCCUCUCAUUUCUGACGCAGGGCUCCGGUGGCAUCUGACAGAACUAUGCACCAAGAUACAGAAUGGUACCCACCCAGCAGUACAAGACAUCCUGACUCUCAGAGAGUGUUUCUGUAACCACCCUCUGGGCAUAAACCAACUCAAGGCUUUGCAGAUGAAAGCCUUGAGCAGGGCCAUGCUUCUCACACCUUACCUGCCUCCUCCCUUGUUGAGACAUCGUUUGAAGACACAUACCACUGUGAUUCACCAGCUGGACAGGGCUUUGGCAAAACUGGGGAUUGGCCAGCUCACUGCUCAGGAAGUGAAAUCAGCUUGCUAUCUCCGUGGCCUGAAUUCUAACCAUAUUGCUGAAGACAGGUGUCGAACUUGGCUGGGGGAAUGGCUACAGAUUUCCUGCAGCCUGAAAGAAACCGAGCUGUCCCUCUUGCUGCACAACGUGGUCCUGCUUUCCACCAACUACCUUGGGACAAGGCGCUGAGUGAACCAUGGAAUGGACGGCACUGUCCUGCAGUCAUAGAAUGUAGCAGUGUGGGACCAAACACCAUUUGUCUGCACUCUGUGUGCACGGUUAGGUGUGCAGGAGGCCGAGGAGCAGGUGCCACGGGCUUCGAAGUCAUCACCCUUGUGGGAACUAGACAUUCCGCUCACAGCUCAAACUAGAGCCCUUUCCAAGGCUGGUCCGUGUGAGCUGUCACUUGUCUCCCUCAUAUUAAGCUGGAGUUGGCAGCAACCUCUGUACUAGGCUUUUGUCAUGAUGUCUCUUCUGGGUCCCUACAUAGUAUUUUGCCCUGGGGGAAAUAUUUCACCUAAGACUCAUCAGCUCUCAUGUUCUUUAUAACUGG